UCUCACGAUCACUGUGAAUUCAGUAAGGUUCCUUUACCCUAGAUUCAUGCGAGUGAAACUCCAAUACGACGUCGUAGCCUUCUCCAUUGCUUCUCUUGAGAUUGAGCUCUAGGUUUUUUUUUUCUCUACAGCUCUCUCGAGUCUGUCUCUGUCUCUGUCUGCUGUUUGAGUGAUCGCGAAGCAAGAAAAAGUGAGAAAUUCAUCCUAGAGAGCAAUCAUGACAGACUAUGUGCAGGAGCAAGAGAUGGAAAUCGAAGCAUUGGAAGCAAUUCUUAUGGAUGAAUUCAAAGAAAUUCACUCCAGUGAAAGUGGGCUAAACACUUCAAAUCGAUGCUUCCAAAUUACUAUUUCUCCUCAGGAGGAGGACGAAGAAUUUACACAAUCAUCAGUUCGACUGGCUUUAAUAUUCUCUCACACAGAAAAAUAUCCGGAUGAACCUCCACUUUUGAAUGUCUCAAGUUUAAAAGGAAUUCAUUCUGGAGAUCUGAAAACAUUGAAAGAGAAGCUUGAACAAGAGGCUGUUGAGAAUCUUGGCAUGGCUAUGAUCUACACAUUGGUCUCAUCAGCUAAAGACUGGCUAUCUGAAAGAUUUGCUCAGGAGACCGACGAAGGUGUUGAAGACGAUGAAGCCAAAAAAGAGGAAGUAAUUGUUCCACAUGGAGAAGCAGUUACGGUUGAAACAUUCUUGGCAUGGAGGGAAAGAUUUGAAGCUGAACUAGCUCUGGAAAGAGCCAAGUUAAUGCCAGAUGCAGCACUUUCUGUUUCGAAGGAAAAGAAACUCACAGGGAGGCAAUGGUUUGAAAGUGGAAGAGCCAGUGGGAAAGCUGCAGCAGCUACUGCUGAAGAAUCUGAUGAAGACAUGGAUGAUAUUGAUUUCGAUGAUGAUGAUUUUGAAGAUGAUGAUGAAGAAGAUAUGCUUGAGCACUAUUUGGCUGAGAAAACAGAUUCAUCAUCUCAUUCUUAAACAGAUUCAACGUCAAGAUAACUUUUGUUUUAUGCUGAAUGUGGAAGUAUUAUUUUGCUCAUUUCUCAAAUGUUGUAAUGAGGUAUUGCAGGUUGUACCUGUGCCAGUUUUGGCCCUAGAUCAGACAGCACGAGUGCUGAACAUAUGUUCACUGAGAUAUAAAUACACUUUUUGAUGGGUUAAAGAUUUAUUGAUGAUGCUUGUGUGUUUCAA